AAUCAUAGACAGCCUUGCCUUGAACGAUUGUGGAACUCGUGGAACACGUUUUCAAGUCCGAUUGAGAAUCGAGUGCUGUUGCUUUGCGUUUAAAAUAAAAAAAAAAUAGUCAGAACUAGUAAGAUGUUUAUUCUAGAAUUAUCGUCUACAAAAGAACUGAAUCCUUUGAUAGUUGAUUUUUUCCGAAAGAAACAUACGAAAGAAAUUGUGUGGAAGAAAGAACUGGCAUCGUCAGAUGUUCAGAGUGAACUCGUAUCAAAGACUGUCGAUUCAAAACUAGUCAUUAAGUAUAAGAUCGAAAUCAUGUAUCAGAGAAGGUUUUUGAGAAAACUAAUGAAUUAUUUGGACGAUUUGGGAGCUCCAGUUGGUGAAGCUAUUUACGAAGCAUUCUGUCGGUUGUCCUCAGGUGUAGAAGAAAAAUUCUACCAUGUUUUCUAUCCGAUAUUCGAAAUAGACAAACUUGAAUCACUUUCGGAAUUGAAUACGGUCAUUUUGAAAGAGAAUGUGAAUAUUAUAUCUCAAGGAACCACGGGGUUGAUAACUUGGCAGGCCUCCCAAGCUCUAGCGGAAUGGGCUCUGAAAACUUCCAUCGAAAAGAAGACAAUUCUAGAGUUGGGAUCAGGAACUGGCAUGGCUGGUUUGGUUGUCGCAUCUUCGACAUCAUGUGGAAGAUACAUAUUCACCGACUGUCACUCUGAUGUCCUUUCCCUGCUCACAGAAAACGUCGAAUUGAACUGUGAUAAACCACUGGAAAAGGUGGAACCUGAAAAAGAUUUAUUGUUCAGUGGUUCCAUCGAAAACUGCAAGGUUGAAAUCAGAAAACUAGACUGGGACACUUCGGGAGUGGAUGACUGUGAGGAGAUUGGCUCCGUUGAUCUGAUCUUCGCUUCUGAUGUUGUCUACGAUAAGGAUCUCUUUGAACCUCUAACAAAAACCAUCAAAUUGUUCCUACAGAAUGGUACCACUGCGGCAAUUAUAGCUUUCACGCAAAGGGAUGAAAGCACUGUGAAUUCUUUCCGAGAACAUUUAGAAUCUAUGGAUCUUAACAUAAAAUGGUUAGAAACACCGAAGCCUAACUAUUUGAGUUGGCAGAUUCUACCAAUAAUACAUAUUAUCGAAGUCACUCUCUAGUCAAACAAACACAUACUAUAACCAAUUUGUAUUUUUGUACUUAUUUUUUUUACUGUUUUAUGCGGAAUAAACACUGAAAAUUUGG